AUGAAAAACAUUGGCUUCGCUGGGAUCAUUCUCUGCUAUGGACGAGAAGCUCAAGCAGGAAAGGAGAAAAAUGUGCUGGGCCCAGCAAGUGAAGCUAAUCCUGAUCAGCAGAUCUUAGAAUGGAGAGAUGGUACCCUGAGGACGCUGGGUAUGAUUGAAUCAAGCAAUUUUCUGGGCAUCAGGCUCACUGGAGCAGGCACUGGGGUGAUUCGGUGCUUGCUGGAAGGCUCUGACCCACCACCUUUGUUCAGGCAGGCUAUGGAUGCAAUCUGCAGGCAAGCAGCCGCCCAGGGCUCUCGAGUCUGGAUAGACUCGGAACAACAAGCUGUACAAAGCACCAUUGACAAAUGGACCAUCGACCUCAUGAGGAGGUACAAUACUUGUGGCAGAGCGCUCGUCUACAAUACGCUGCAGGCAUAUCGCAAGGCAUCCAGGGCUGAGCUCGAACAUCAACUUCGAUUGUCGCAGCAGGAUGGGUGGACACUGGCGGUCAAGUUGGUCCGGGUCCUAUACAACGGCAUUGUGCGAGACUUGCUGUUGGGAACUGUGGAUGGAAUCCCUCAAGACGAAUUUCCGCCCUUGAAGCUGUUCCUGGCCACUCACAACACGGAAACUGUGCGGCAGACAGCAAACCUUGCCAAGAGGCUGUCGGAUACCGGGCAAUUGAAGGUGGCACCCGAGUUUGGCCAGCUACAAGGAAUGGCUGACGACAUUGGUUUUGAGAUUAUCCACAGUGCUGACGCAGCUAAGUCGACCAUCGAAGCCAACACCGAAGGCUCUUCCGGGGUUCAUGGAACCUUCGUGCCCUUGGUGUACAAGUGUCUUACUUGGGGAAGCCUGCGGGAAUGCAUGCGAUAUCUGGUUCGUCGUGCCGAAGAGAAUAUGGGAGCGACUGGGAGGUUGAAGGAGGGUCUCUUGCCCAUCGUUGCAGAAUUGUGGCAUAGAAGCAUGGGUUCAGUAAGACGGCAGGGCAGUGGCUCAUGA